AUGGCUGCAGCUACAGCGGCGCCUGUCGAUGUGUCUUCGCAGCUUUCCAGAGACGUAUACCAAGAGCAAUUCGAUUUCAUUGAGCUCAUCCGCGAUGUCGUUGCCUCGCUCGAUAGUCAGACUCCAGACGACGCGGUACGCGAUCAGGUCGACCUGAUCCUCGCACUCGUUGGUAGAGACCUGCUAAAACUUCACGCACUCGCUAGAGUCGUCAACGCUAAGAUCGUUGGUCAAUCAAGCUGGGCCUCAAUCGGCGUCAAGGCGCUAUUUACCGCUAUCGAUCCGACUCUCGAGCUCGAAGUCUUCAAUGAUGAAAGUAUCAUGGGUGCCGAUAUCGCCGGCAUGUACAUCCUAGAGGCCGCCGUGGAGUUCACUACUCAGCCAAUCUGGAUAUCUGGAUCGGUCAACGUAUUGGAGUUCUCGCUGAGUCUUCUCAAAGCCUUUCCAGUCGGAGAUCGCGGAUCGGCGAUAGCGGAGAGCCUGGGUUGCAGCCUGUUGGAGAAGAUGGCAACCUCUCUUUAUCUGCCAUUCCACAACAAUUGCGACACAUUCUUUCCGUUCGCGUACGAAGUUGUUCCGCUGCUCGAUGCUGCAGAUAAGAGCAUGAAAUCUAGCCGUGUCACGGACGUCCUAAAGGCACUGAAAGAAGAAGACUACGAAAGGACGGUUCGGGAGAAAGGCCUACUCAAGCACCUGUGCGACAUACUCGGGAGAUCUGACCUCUAUCCGCAUCACACAGAGUCUAACGUGUUUGAAGACGGAGAAUCUAUUGCGGCCGAGCACACAGAAUCUACUGCGAUCGGACAUACCGACUCUACCGAGGCCGGUUGUGUAUACGGCCGGGGUCGACUAAGCCUCAUUCCGUAUGAGCAGCUCAAGCAGGAUAUCGAGACCAACUGGAAGCUCUUCACCACAACACCGAACUGGGAGUUGCCGGCGAUCGCACGGUUGCUCAAGAGCACCUCCGAAGUCAUGAAGAUUGACGCUCCGAUCUGGGUACAGACUAUCACGCUCGACAUGAUCCAGGUUAUGGUCCAAUCGAAGUAUCUUUUCUUGCGCAGGAACUUCCAGAUACUGUCCUUUUUCGUCUUUGCUGCUGCACCUGCGCUUGACGGUAUGGCAGAGACUCCCCAAUGUGAGCGGUUGACGGCUCUGCUCGAUACGCUCAGUGGCCACAGCGGUGUGCAGAAAGCCCAGCAUCGCGAGACCAUCGACGGUCUCCGCCGGAACCUGGGUAGAAGCGUGCAUAGUGCAACAUCAAAGUCCACGGUCGAUGGUUCCGAAGGAAAAGAGCUUCUAGCCGCUGUCUCCAAGCUCAAUAUCGACUGA